AUGGAGCUUCAGGAGAGGAAUGAAAGGCUAUUCUACAAAUUUCUCAUUGAUAAUGUUGAGGAAUUGCUCCCAGUUGUCUAUACUCCAACUGUGGGUGAGGCUUGCCAGAAGUAUGGGAGCAUUUUCAAGCGCCCUCAGGGUCUUUACAUAAGUUCGAAAGAAAAGGGCAAUAUUCUUGAGGUGUUGAAGAACUGGCCUGAGAGGACUAUUCAAGCAAUUGUUGUGACGGAUGGUGAGCAAAUUUCGGGACUUGGGGAUCUUGGCUGUCAGGGGAUGGGGAUUCCUGUGGGGAAAUUGUCUUUGUAUACAGCACACGGAGGUCUUUGUCCUUCUGUAUUGUUGAAAGACGAGUUCUACAUUGGGCUUAGACAAAGCAGGGCAAAUGGGAAGUGUAGGGACGCGAUUUGUAACGACCCAUGA